AUGCUCACCCUCAGACCCUUCCAGGACUUUUCAAAGUCCAUGCAGGCAAGUAACACUACAACAUGUAUCGGCAGUAGAGGAAUACUGACUUUUAUUCAGUGGCAAAACUAUAUCUAUAAUGGACCUCUUACGCCAGAGCUGGAGCAGGCGUUCAAGAAGGAGGCCUCUCGCGCGUUAUCCAGAUCCUCGGGAACACCUUUAGGGUUCUCAGUGUCCACCUCGGUGACUACUGUCAAUGGCGUGACUCGGGGUUCUACAGAGUUCCAAGUGGGCAAGGGCACUGCAUGGACGAGCGAGGAGAGGCGGAUUUUGGAUGAAAAGUUUGGACGGUUGGCGCCUGAUGGGCGCAUGAUUGGGUACGUCGCCCUCUGCAAAGAGAUGAAUGGGGCUGAUGCUAUGGGGAUAGACCAGAUGGAAGACCUCUCUACCCUACGAACGGCACUCAAAUCAAGACUCUUGAAGAUACCCCACACCAGCCCAGAACCAUCCUCCCUCCCCCAAGCGCCGCCCACACCCAUGCAGCGCACAAUGCACACCAGCCCCAAGCCGCUGUCCCACCCCACACCUACGCCCCAAAUGCACACACUGUCGGAAGUAGCGCAGGAGGGACGGUCCAUCGGCAGGAUUAUGCUUAUGCCUAUCCGUCGCCGGUCAGUCCGAAGGGGGCGGGGCAUCAGGAUGCUCGGACGGGACCUCAGUCUGUAG